CCUGAAUUUUUGGGGACUGGGGCCUCAUUGGUGUCACGAACCAGAGGGCAAUAAACCUAAGGACACUAAGAUUUUGAUAUGUCUGGAAGUCGGCUUCCAUUGCUCUGAGUGGCAAGAUCCUCUCAACUAUGAGCCUGAACACUCACAUGCGCAUCCACAACGGAGAGAAACCUUACGAAUGCAAGGAGUACGGCAAAAUAUUCACGAAGGGCAGCAGUUUAGGCAAACACCUGCUCACCCAGUGCUCUCUGCAUCGCCUGGCCCUGGUGUGCUGCCAGCAGGGAGGCCUCGAUGGUGUGAGUGAGGGAGUGUGUGUCCAGAGAAACAGCAGCUGGUCCUUCCUCCACUGCCCAGAGGAGGAUGAGUGUGCCAACGGCCACCACCACUGUAACAUCACCCAGGACUGCCAUGACCUGACCCAGGGAUACCACUGCACCUGCAAGCAGGGCUACGUUCUCAGCCGUGUGUCAGGCCAGUGUGAGCCGGUCUGUGCUCAGGGCUGUGUCAACGGGACCUGUGUGUCCCCGGGAGUGUGUCAGUGUCACUUUGGCUUUGUGGGGGACAACUGCUCGUCUCAGUGUCGCUGUAACAAACACAGCAACUGUAAAGGAGUGUCUGAGCCUGACAAGUGUCUGGAGUGUAAAAACAACACUAUGGGUGAUCACUGUGAGAAGUGUAAGCCCCUGUAUGUGGGGUGGGUGGGGGGACGUGUCGCCCCUGUCGGGAGUUCUGCAGUGUCUGUCCCGGGACGAACACAAGAGGGCGCUAGACCACCCACAAGACCACCGUCUGGACCCAGACAGUAUUGUUCAGUGGGUGUCGGGGGGUCCUACAGAGGACUCAGCGGUUUGUGUGAGCUGCCAGAACAACAGCGUGGGGGACAAGUGUGAGAGCUGCCUCAGCGGCUACUUCCUACUGCAGGGGAACUGUGACAAUGCGCCAAGUGCAAAGACUCCUUCAACGGCACGCCGGUAAAUGAGCACCAGUGCUACCGGCAGUUCAACGUGGACAAUGAGUGCUGUGUCGACCCCCACCAACCGC